AUGGAUCCAACGAAUCUACAGGUGAGAUUAACUUUUUAACAUUUUAAAGAGUGGAAGCUCCACGUUUGUCUAAAGAGUGUUGUUUGGGUUUGUUUUACAUUUUUACGGCUUUUUCUUUCAUUAAUGAUUCAUUUGGAUACAGUGUCAUAGUGAGCUCUCAGUUUACAAGCAGGGCACUCUUGUCAUUAUUUCCACUUGCUCAGUUAGCUACAUAACCGACCAUAAAAAGUGAUUCAUAUUAUCCUCCAAGAUUCAAUGGCAGUCUGUGAACAUUCAUACACAGUUUAAUACAUGUUCUCAACUGUUAUGUGAUCAUUAAAGGAGCGGGUACAUUAUGUAAAGUUUCUCUUCACUCAAACAGAUGACUGUACAAUGCUAUUUAGACAGUGGAUCCUCACUACAUUUCAGCAGCAUCCCUGACACCUUAUUCAGUAUGUCUCAUCUAGUGUUGCCACAGUUAUUACCUGUUUUUUUCCAUUGCACUAAAAUUGGUGCAUUAUUUUUUGCUAGUUUGAAGGGUUGAAUACACGCAUGUAAGCCUUGAUUUAAAGAUUAGGUCUAUUUACACAUCAAGAAAAUCAUAAACCAUGUCAAGCCAAUAUUGAUCAUUUUCAUGAUAUGAUAGUCAGAACAGACUCAUUUUAUGGCACUUGACACAAAAUUUGCUGGUGUUUAUUGGGACACAAUAACACAAAGUUUCAGAGCCCUCAAGGCUCAUUGGCAUAACUUACUAGUGGGCCAACACUUGAUGCUGUUUAUCUUUAUCAGUGACCUCUGUUUGCGAAGACAGUGAUGUUGUGUAUAUGAUGUGGAUUACAGAAUUAUUUAAAUUGAAUGGAUGGAUUUUUAAAAGUUGGAGUCAGUUUUCUUUAAAUCAUCAGUUAUGUUUUUUUUUUUCAGUUUCACAGCACUGUCAAUUUAGAUUACUUAAAGGGAUAUUCCAACCAAAAAACUACUCUAUAGCCACAAAUAAUCUCAGAACAGCACCUAAUUUUAUAAACAGUACAUAUAGGGUCCCAGCCAUAGUACUAGCCACCAAACAUCUAUUUAGCUUUGCCUGAUUUUUUUGGCAAAGAGACUAAACACAACUCUCUUCCAGCAGCUGCUUGUUUGGCGAGCCCAUCGACCACAGCGGGGGGAGCAGCCCAAGGAAGAACAUUUAUGAUUUUUGCUUUAUCAUUUCCUUGAAGUAAUAAUCACCAUAUUAAUCAUUUUGAACUGCAGAAGUGGCUGUUCUUCUGCCUUAGCAUCUCAGUCUGAUUGCAUUUCCAUGAGGAAAUGAUCAUAGAUGUUCUUCCUUGAGCUGCGUCCCCCCACUGCAGUCGAUGGACUUGCCUGGAGGCCUCCAUAGAAACAAGCGGCUGCUGGAAGAGAAAGGGUUAGUACUGUUCCGAGCAUUAUUUGUGGCUAAAGAGUGGCUUUUUGAUUGAGUCCGUGGCUCUCUGUAUUCCUAUCUGCGGUGGUUACUAAAGUUGGUAUAACUAGACAAGCAAGCGGUCGACAAACAUUCAUCUCUUGACGGGGUGUCUAACUCAGUGUUACGGUGUGUUUGACCCUAACUUAAUUUUACGCCGGAAUAUCCCUUUGAAUCUGUAAUGUAAGAACACAUGUUUGUAUACACUCCAGUAGAUAUGACCCCUGAUAAUAUGGACUCACUAAGUUUAGGGUUCCUAUCAAGAUCCUGUAUAGACUAUGUCUUAUUAUGAAUUCAUUGUGUUUGAGAAUCCCAGACAGACUGUUUCCUAUGUGAUUUCACUUUGAGGUAUUGAUUAUUGAUUAAUUUACUGGUCUUUCAGAAAGCUAUUGCAGUGGCGCAGAAGGCCUCACAGGAAGACGAGGCUGGCAACUACGUGGAGGCCAUCCGCUCCUAUGAACAUGCUGUCAAGUAUUUUCUGCACAUUCUAAAACGUAAAUGCAUUCAGUGCCGCACUAAAUCACUGCUGAUUCAAAGCCCGGUGGACAAAAUUGUAUCAGCUUUUUUGUUUGCUUUUCCUGUUUUUUGGGGGGGUUGUCAUUUUAGUUGUUGUUGAUAAUGAUGUUUUUGCAUAUGAUAACUUUAACUUAUGCCAAUCUUAUGGUUGUUACAAUAGAUUGUGAAGUGUCCAAACUAAAUUUAUAAUGGUCCAAAAUAAUUAUGAAUGAAUGCCCUUCUUGUCAUUAGGUGAACCCCAGGGUAAAGAUGGCAACCAGAAGAUCAGAGAUAAGUGCAAACAAUACCUGGACAGAGUGGAGGAACUACAAGAAUACCUAGAGAAGAAAGAGGUUGUUUCAAGAAUUAAAGUCAUAUUGUUUGUUUUACAAAUAAUGAAUUUAUUUUGUAAUAUUAAAGGGAUACUCCGGCGUAAAAUUAAUUUUGGGUCAAACACAUUUUAACACAGAGUUACACACCCUGUCGAGAGAUGAAUGUUGCAGACCGCUUGCUUCUCUAGUUAUACUGACUUUAGUAACGACCGAUAGCAAUAGUCUCUUUGCGAAAGAAAUUAGGCAAAGUUAAAAAGAUGUUUGGUGGCUAGUGCUGCAUGUGGCUGGGACCCUAUAUGUACUGUUGAUGAAGUUAGGUGCUAUUCUGAGCAUUAUUCGUGGCUAUAGAGUGGCUUUUUGGUUGAGGUUUGUUUAUGGCUCCUCAGACUGCUGUGUAUUGCUAUCUGUGGUCAUUACUAAAGUUGGGAUAACUAGAGAAGCAAGCAAUCGGCAACAUUCAUCUCUCGACAGGGUGUCUAACUCAGUGUUACAGUGUGUUUGACCCUAAAUUAAUUUUACGCUGGAAUAUCCCAUUAAUACCACAGGUUCUAGUGGGCAUGGGUGAACUUUAUGUUGAAUUUAAGACUUAUUUCAAGGGCCUUAUGAAUAACACAUGUCAAAAUGUAUUUUGUCUGAGUGACAAGAUUAAUAUUUUUUUUAUAUAAUUUGGUAUUUAAUUUUAGAUCACAAGAUAUUUAGAGACUGCACAAAAAGGGUUCAGGUGUAUGGCUAUAUGUGAGCUACUUUACAGGGAGAACACCAAAUAAGCGUAAUAACAGUGAUUAAUAGUACACUACAAACAUAUCUUCACCUUGGUCAGUUCGAAAAUAAAGUCCAUCAACAUAGGAGUUCAGGGUGACAAAAUUCAUUCAGUAAGCAAAGUUUUUAAGAUUAAUGUAAUCCUUGCCGUCAAAAAUCUUAACGCUGAGUUUUAUAGUCUAAUCUGAUCAGGUGACUACUGUAAAACGUCUCCACACAACAUGAUCUACUCUGAACCAUAGACUGUACGCUCUCAACACUGUCAACUGUACCUACCCUACGUCUUGACGUCAUCACAUUCCGCACACGCAGUAUCGACUUUUCAAUGCGGAAGUUUCCUCCUCGAGCCAGCUCGGGAGCGAUCGAAGAAACGAAAACAAGCGGCACAAAAUCAUCGAUCUUGGGAUUGAAACUCUGUUUUACAGGUUAAAUUCUGAAACAACUUGUGUGGAAGUUGUUUACUCUUAGCGGUGUAGCAUCCUUUUUGGUCGUCGGACGAGUGAUCGGCCCUUAUGGCUAACAAUAAUUUACAGGUAAGUCGAGGCACAACCCAGAGCUGACUAAAACGGGUAAAUAAGUUGACAGUUGUCGCCGUCGAAUGAUAAACUUUAAGAAUAUGUUGUAGAAGUUUGCUAUUGAGGUGUUGCACGUACUUUUAUGCGCUACUGUUCGAUCUAAACAGUACGUUUUAAACACAAUAGUGUUACAAAAACUAGCCGCUAAUUAGCAUCUUUAGCUGACUUAGCUAACGACGGCAUGAAGUCGUCGGUGUUGUAUUCGUGAUCCGGGAAAAGUUCAACAAAACGGGACAGGGUGUCCCACAACGUAUGUUACAACGGUCCUGGUGUAUGAUGUGCCUAAAGUAAACUAGGUGGAGUGGACUUGACGAAAAUGUAGUAUAAUGUGAGUUUGUAGGACGGCCAAGGCGGCUAAUGGGAUUAAUGUUUCCAACACGCUGACUGGAAUAAAUAGGCACCGUCAAAGAUCAGUACUUAAACAAUGUAAAACCGUGUCUACUACAUACAGGAAAGGUUGUGUCGCAUGCAAAACUUGUGUACGAUUUAACUGUAUGUUGAAAACGGAAGUGAAAGAAGCAAGAUAACAAUUAACACUUGGUGGAUAGUGUCAGCACAGAACAGAUGUACCAUCAGCUGUGAUCUUUGCAUACAGGGGUGUCAAACUCAACCACAGCAAGGGCCAUAAUCUGGAUUUAGGUCUAACCUGAAAGGCAAACAGGGUCAACGUUUCACCAAAACUGUCCACCUCCUUUUCAAAAAAUAUGAAAAACAAAAACGAUAAUGAUUAUAAAUCAUUUGGAAAUUCAAAAAAGAUAAGUUUAAAGGCAGUCUGAGAUAGACAAAUUUAUUUUAUUUUAGUUUUUUUUCUAUUUUUAUUCAUUAGUUCAAAAGAUCUGAGCAUGAAAAUAGAAAAAUAAUGUUUUUAAAGAGCAAAUAUAUGAGUAGAACGUUGAAAUCAGAUUUAAAAGGUCAAAAUAUGACUUAAAAUUUAAAGUUAAAAAAUGACACAAGUCUGAAUACUGAGUUGAACAAAAUCAAAGCAUGAAAUAAAAACCCAAUCAUGUUUGACUUGAAAUCUUGAAAUGCAAAAUUGAAAAAAUAAAAUAAAACACCAAAUAUUUUUUCCCCCGCAUUCUUGAUAAUAUAUCAAAUCUUUCUGACUCGUUAUUUCCCAUAUUUUCAUGGCUUAUUAGGGACAUUUUUAUUGGAGGAACUCUGCAGACUUCAUGCUGGUGGGCCAAUAAUAAUACAAAUAUAAUAUGAUCUUGUGGGCCAGAUAUAACUGUUCCACGGUCCUGAUUUGGCACCCGGGCCUUGAGUUUGACAACGGUGCGCUAGUAUAUGUACAAGAUAGUUUGUACUAAUAAAUCCAUAUAUGUAAAUGAUCCCCCAAUUCAAACAAUCUUAAAUGAAUGUGUUUUUAAGUGCUGAUUGAUCAUUUAUUUUCAAAUGUGUUAUUAAUCGCUCCUAUGCACCACCCAAAAGAAUCUGUUUACAUAAAUGUUCACUCUUAGUGUUGUAUAACCCCUUUUGGAGAUCUGUUUUUAUUCUUCCUGCGGGGAAAAAGUAUGAAAAUUGUCUGAUUGUGUCUCUUUGUAUCUCUGAUGUUUCAGAAAGCGAUUGAUCUCGCUAGCAAGGCGGCUCAGGAGGAUAAAGCUCAGAACUAUGAGGAGGCUCUGCAUCUGUAUCAAGCGGCUGUUCAGUACUUCCUUCAUGUGGUAAAAUGUAAGAAAAUGGAAAGAAUGCUCAGCACUGUGUUUGUCUCGACUGUCUGAUUAUGCCAUCUGUUUGCCACUAGAAGACAUUCUUGAUGUGUGCCUGAUUUGGAAUUAUUUUGAUACUUAGAAAAUGUAACACAAACUGUGUUACACUGUCCUAACAGUGGUAACCCCCCCCCAUAUUACAGCUAAGGUGAGGUUGGUGGCUUUUUUGUAACAAAUUCUCAAGCCUAUAAUAACUUUUGUAUUUUUUGUGCUCAUUCAUGACAGAUGAAACACAAGGCGAAAAAGCAAAACAGAGCAUCCGAGCGAAAUGUGUAGAGUAUUUGGACAGAGCGGAGAAGUUGAAGGAGUAUCUAAAGAAGAAAGAGAAAGCUCCCGCAAAGCCUGUCAAAGAGUCACAGUCUGAUGACAAAGGGUGUGUGAAUGGGUGGAGCAGUGGGCCUUCAUCUCUGCAUGUGAUGCCAUUUAAACCAAUAUGGACAAUUGGUAUUCUUUUAAUAUACAGAAAAAAAGAUAACUUUUUUUAAUCAAUGUAUGGAUUUUGCUCUUUUGUACUUUGUGGUUCCAGAAAUGAAAGUGAUGAUGGUGAUGAUCCAGAGAAAAAGAAGUUCCAAAAUCAGCUCUCAGGUUUGUGAUGUUUCUUCAAAGGACUAUGAACAUCUUCUGUCUGCAUUUUUGUUCAUGCAAACUCACUUGCUGCAUUAUUUAUUUGUAUUUGUUUUUUGGUUGUAUUUUUAUAUUCAGCUCUGCAUUGUACAGGUAUUAUCUAGAGUUUUUGGUCAUUUAAAAUGCUUGAUUUUCCAGGUGCAAUCGUCAUGGAGAAACCAAACAUCAAGUGGAAUGAUGUGGCUGGCUUAGAGGGAGCCAAGGAAGCACUCAAAGAAGCGGUCAUUCUUCCCAUCAAAUUCCCCCACCUUUUCACAGGUGGGAAAUCUUGUUUAUGUAAACCCCUCCCAUCUCUUUGUUCUUUAAAUAAUAGAUGCAAAGAUCUACUUUGCAUGGAAAAGCUGUGUCAGGGUGCAAUUACUGGUAUUUGGUGACACCAGUGUAGAUUGAAGUGUCUUCUUGCUGGUCUGACAGGAAAGAGAACUCCGUGGAGGGGGAUCCUGCUCUUUGGACCACCAGGUACAGGAAAGUCCUAUCUAGCUAAAGCUGUUGCCACAGAGGCAAACAACUCCACCUUCUUCUCCAUCUCUUCCUCUGACCUUGUCUCCAAAUGGCUCGGAGAGAGUGAAAAGUAAGCCUUUGAAAACAUGAGUUCAUCACAAAAAAUUUUAGCAGCAUGUUUCUGUUAAAUUUCCCUGAAAUGUUUCUAAUUGCCUUGUUUUCCCCAGGUUGGUGAAGAAUCUUUUUACCCUCGCAAGGGAGCACAAACCCUCUAUCAUUUUCAUCGAUGAGAUUGACUCCCUGUGUGGCUCAAGAAGUGAGAACGAGAGUGAGGCUGCUCGCCGUAUCAAAACUGAGUUCCUGGUUCAGAUGCAAGGUAAGGCUGCUGUCACUGAAUGUUGUAAAAUUGAAAAAAAGCCUUAGAUUUUAAACUGUACAAAAGAGAUAUUUUGACACUCAGACAGCUCUUGAAUGUCACUUUAUGCUCUUUGUGAGGCAUCUUUAAUACUUUCUUCAAUAGAAAUAUAGUUUUCUAAAAAGCAGUGUGGGUAGACAAGAGUUAUAGUUGGAAAAAACAGCCAAGGAGGUCUUCUCAGUUUUCUCUAGAUUUCCACCAGAGUGAGGCGGAUGACAAGUCUUUAGUCUUUGCUUCUCCUUGUUUACUGAAAAGAAACUGAAGAACCAUUUAAAUGAUAAACAAGGUCAGAGUCAUGUGGGCUGCCGCUGCUGCUCAAAUCAGAAUCUGUUUUUGUAGCAUGCUCGAUGUGGUCACGCCCAUAAAUAGGUGAGAUAAUACACCUGCUGUGACGUCACUGGUUAAGGUGUGUCAGGUAGUUCAACAAAGGUUUCGGAUGAAUGACACCAGUGAUCUCCAAAGCAAGUUAUAGCUGCUUUCUCUCAUCAUUUCAACCACAAUGGGAGCAACAUGUGGUCACUUAUCUAUAAACUUCCAAAAAGGGACAUCAUUUGGCAUUACAUAUUAUUUUGUAAGUGUUCUUUUGCCUUCAGUUAUGUAUUUACUGCAAGUUUUUGUCUUAUUUUGCAGGUGUGGGAAAUGACAAUGAAGGAAUUCUGGUCCUCGGGGCUACAAACAUCCCAUGGACUCUGGACUCAGCCAUCAGAAGAAGGUGAUUAUUGCCAUCGGAUAAAACUUGUUUGUUAUGAUGUUGUCAUUCAUUUUUGGUCACUAUACGCCGUUUAUACUCUUGUCAGAUUUGAAAAGAGGAUCUACAUCCCACUGCCCGAGGAGCACGCCCGCUCCUUCAUGUUCAAGCUCCACCUGGGCUCCACACCCAACAGCCUCACCGACUCUGACUUUGUCACUCUGGGUAAGAAGACAGCCGGUUACUCAGGAGCUGAUAUCAGCAUCAUUGUCAGAGAUGCUCUAAUGCAGCCUGUUCGAAAGGUCCAGUCAGCAACUCACUUCAAGAAGGUAUGUUCUCCGGAAAGUAGCAUGCUUUGUGCUGCAACUUGAAAAUGUGUAUCCUUGUCACUGUACUUAUCUCUUCUCAAAUUUUGAUUAAACAAGGUUCGAGGUCCAUCAAGAGAUGACCCCAACAUUAUUGUAGAUGACCUCUUGACUCCCUGCUCACCUGGGGAUCCCUAUGCGACUGAAAUGACAUGGAUGGACGUCCCUGGGGAGAAGUUACUUGAACCUAUAGUUUGCAUUGUAAGAGCGUCAUAUUAAGAGAUUAUGUUGCCAACUGUAUUUGUUAGACUUCAUUUUAACUCUAUAAAUUCUUCUCUUUACAGUCUGACAUGAUGAGGUCCCUGGGCAACACAAAGCCAACAGUCAAUGAUCAAGAUCUGGAAAAACUGAAUAAAUUCACAGAGGACUUCGGACAGGAGGGUUAG